AUGGAUUACUUUAACGCCAUCAACGUUCAAGGACCAAACUCUCCUGAUACUAAUCAAGGAAACUCUACGACUUCUCCAGCCUCGUCAACUGGAAACGCUCAAGCGAGGACAUCGACUUCACCACCAGCACCCCAAUCAGGCUCCCAACCCGCAACAGCCUCAUCUGGAACAGCAACUCGAAUCAGAAGACGGAAUCGCAUGAUCACGAGUUGUUUGGAAUGCCGACGCCGAAAACUCAAAUGCAACAAGUCUCACCCAUGCACAAACUGCGUGAAAUUCCAGCGUGAUUGUGUAUUUUUGGCCCCAGCGUUGGAUCAAGCGAGUCAGCUCAAACUCACAGAGAUUAAAGAGAAAGUUGGAUCCUUGGAAAGACUACUGGAACGAGAUGUUGCCAAGAAUGCUGCACAGCAGUCAACAAGCUCUCCUAGUCAAGACAACGCUCUUCCAGAAGAUGAAGACUUGCCAGCCAACGAGGACGAGAAAGACUUGGAACCAACCCCUCUUGCUGUUGUGGAUGCUGCCUAUGAAGUUGAUGGAGAGGACGAUGAUCUUCUGGAUCUGGGAAUCCAGCUGGGCAAAAUGAGGAUCACAGAGCGUAUUGGCGGCUUCUUCAGGCCAAAGAUAUCCGAGGAGCUCGAAUACACGAUGCAAGAUACAUAUAUGACAGGCGACAAAAAUAUAGACGACAAUAAAACCGUUGCACCGCCCGACAUCGCCAUCCCACUUCCGCCAGCAUCAGAAUGGCUCAAAGCUGGACCUCAAUACAUUUUGCCGACAUCUGGAUUCUUCUUUGGUGGGACUGGAUCCCAGGCUUCUCUCAUUGACUUUCUCCCAUCUCGCUUAGCUGCCGACCGAUUAAUCAAGCAGUACUUUGCGUGUGUUCAUCCAAUCUGCCAGAUAGUUCAUCGUCCUACAUUUGAGAAGGAGUGGGAAACCUUCUGGGACGAGGUUACUCUUGGUAUCGAGCCUCCAAACUCCGUACAGACUAUCGUUUUCGCGGCAAUGUUCUCGGGUGUAGUUAGUAUGGAUGAUUCUGUUAUCCUGCAAGAGUUUGGUGUAUCAAAGGCCAGCCUGGUGGAUAACUUCAAGCUGGGUACAGAAACAGCUCUGGCCAGAGCCAAUUUUCUGCGAACAACCAAGAUUGAAGUUCUCCAGGCAUUCGUCAUGUACCUGAUACCCCUCUGUAGGGCAGAAAUGUCAAGAGCCCACUCGGUGCUGCUGGGCGCGGCGAUCAGGAUGGCUGAAUGUAUGGGUCUCCACCGUGAUGGUCAGACAUAUGGCAUGAACCCUCUAGAGACUCACAUCCGACGCCUCGUAUGGCACCAAUUAUGUUUCCUCGAUAUUCGGACCUGUGAAGCACAAGGACCUCGCCCGACUAUACGACGCGACGAAUUUGAUACGAAGCUUCCUCUCAACGUCAAUGAUGUUGACUUGCGUCCUACUGGAAAAGCACCUGUGGGUGCAGAUAAGUGGACCGAUACAACAUUCUCGCUUAUCCGCUUCGAAAUCAAUGAGAUGAUGAGGACAAUAUGGAUCGAUCGACCACGUAUUGAGAGAAGGAAGAUCAGCUUGACUGCUGUUCUUAGCAAGAUUGAGACAUUCCGCGCCAACAUGGCUGCUAAAUAUGACCAUCUCAUAGAUGACAAGAUUCCGUUGCAAAAGUGUGCAAAGCUAGUCAAGGCACUUCUCAUGUCUCGACUUCAUAUCAUGGUAUUGCAUCGCUAUCACAACUCUGUUGUGGCACCUAUGCCUGAUCGACUUCGACAGAUAAUGUUAGCAGCAGGCACCACGACAAUCGAGAUGGCCGUAGCUCUGGAGACGAUACCUGACAUAAGGCCUUGGUCUUGGUACGGAGGUGCUUACCAACAGUAUCACACAGCAUUUCUUCUCCUCAUGGAGAUAUACGUGUAUCCUCAACGGAAGGAGGCAGAUCGGAUUUGGACUUGCCUAGAUUACAUAUUUGAAACCGAUCCCUCCCUCCCUCGCCGCGUAAAGGGCAAGAAGAUCCUCAUGGAACUCCAGCAGAAAACCGCCGUUUACCAAAGCAUGCGCGGCAUGCGCGCUCCGGUCGUAAUGCAAAAGCACGUUGGAGUCCGUGAACCCCGCGUCUCGGACAAAAACGACGGCAAAAAUAUCAUGAAAGAGCUGAAGUUCAUCGUACCCGAACAAGGGAAAAAGCCCGGGCAAGAUUUCGACCAACAGCAGCAGCAAGAGGCGGAGCAGACAUCGCCGCUGGCUGGAUUCCAGCCGCUGCAGUACGGGCCGAGUGUGGCGCAGGGGAACCUGGGGAUGGGACCUACUCUGGGUCUUGUGCCUGGUCCUGCUUAUGACUCGUCGAUUGGGAGGGUGCCACUUGGUCAGGAUAUGCAGUUUGCGGGUGUGUCCAAUGGAGAGAGUUUGUGGGCUUUCCCGAAUAGUCAGAGUCCUGAGGCGAGUUCUGAUACGACGAGUUUGUCAGGACAGCAGGUAGCUGUUGGAAGUGGUGGUGGGACAGGGUUAGGAGGAGUGGCCGAGAAUGUGGUGGGUAAUGAUAGUUUGAUGGCUGACAUUGAUUGGGACGCUUUCGACGCACUUUUCCCUCCGGGGCGUGCACAGUCAGAGCCGGAGAUACCAGGGUUUCCGUUCACAAGCGGGCUGGGGCAGUAUUGA